GCCCACGUCGCGCCCCAAAUGCCGUGGUUACGGCGCCUACAUCUCCUGCGACGGUGCAGAUCUCACAGCAUAUGGCACAUAUAUCAACGAACAGUCUAGGACUGCGACUUGUUAUAUCCAAAGCGAAGCUGGCAAAGAAUUCACAGUACACUGCGAAGACUACGCUAACAACACGGGGGCAUCUCUGUCAGUAUAUAUGGACGGCCGAUUUAUGGAGAGACAAGGCUCAGCGAUACCAAGAUUUCGAGGACGCAUUCGGGGAGUGCAGACUUCUGCUGUCUCUGUCAGACCGUUUCGCUUUUCAGAUGUCCCUCUUGCUAGCGACAAUGAGGACGCGAUAUAUGGAACCGUGAACUACGAUACACUCGGCCUAAUAGAGCUCCAGAUUCAUAGGGUACAAUUGGUGGGUUGCGACCCGGAUGCGCUUGUUACGAGAACAGCAACAGAAGUAUCUCCUAUACCUCUAAGACAAAUCCCACCCAUGGACCUGCAUUGCGUAUCACUCGGUGCAGCUAUACCAAGCCAGCUCUCGCACUCUCUUGCCUGUCUUUGGGAUCAGUUAGAUCCACCAGAUCGGCCAUAUGUCACAUUCCGCUUUUACUACCGCCCGCGACAAACUCUUCAGACCCAGGGGAUCAUCCCAUUUGACGACUACCUUAGUACAUCGUCCAACCGGUCAUUUUCACCUACACCGACCAGAAAUGUUUCCACCACCAAGCAUCGAUUAGACGCGCCCGAUGAUAUUUCUAUAGCUGGACAGCGGAAGCGCUUAAAGCUCGAAGAACCUCCGUCCUUCUCAACGGCCACUUCUUCUCGAAUGGCCGCGGAUAACGCGAUUCAGAUUCCCUCUCUGCCCAGCAUUGGUGUUCGGCAGGAAUCAGAGCAAGACAGUAGCGAUAUUUCCAUCCGUAUACGUACUCUUGAGGUAGCUCUCACUCUGCUAUUGAUGAGUUGCCCACGACAAUCCGAAAUGCCCAAGCUGAGAUCGACCAGCUCCGAGAGAUGCAACGCAUAUCGAGGUCUCACGCUCAUGACAGAGCAGGCUCUGCCCCAACCGGCUCGUUGUCAUCACCUUUCUCAGCGAUGUCACAUACAUCCAGAAAAUCCUCCUAGUAACCCCCCAGUCGUUUCCAGUCCACAGUGGGACGUAUGCUUAGCGUUAUAUAAUGUUGGUGUCUCCGCCAACUCUCCCGAACGGGAUGCAAUAUUGAAAUCCUGCAAAAUUCAUCCAGUCCUCUAUUACUUCGGUCGGCCGUCACCUACAUAUCCAGUUACUCGUAGUCACACAGAUAUACCAGACACAGACGCAUAG